AAUAUGGACGUGAACUCCCUUUUUGCUAUGAAGAAGACGAAGGGGAAGAAGAAGGACCCCUUGGGUCCGAAGCUGGUGGGUGCUCCCACCAGGGAGGAGCCCUCCCAAGCUGCUAUUGCCGAUUCUGGUGCCGGGAGCUCCAAGGGCGAGGGGGCCCUGAAGAAAAAGAGUAGCGGCAAGGGGAUUGAGCCUUCGGCCAAGAGGUUGAAGGCCGCGGACUACGGCAAGCAGCCUACCGCUGAUGUUGUGAUCGUCGAGGAAGAGAGACACGCCUCCGGCCCCAUCCCUCAGGAGCGCCCCAAUCAGGAGUUCUUCGGCCGGGAGAAGUUGGAGGCCAUUGUGCCGAAGGAUGCAUCUAUCCUGGAAGGCAACUUCAGCCCCUCGGAGUUAAUGAGCCAGAUGAUGCCCUCGGCUGAUUGCCUGGCCCUUGCCCAGAUGAGUGAUGAGGGCCUCAACUCGAGGAUCCUUCAGAACAACGCCUUUGUUUAUAUGGGCCUUUGUGAGCACUUCCGUAGGGUGGAGCAGCUCAGGCAGGAAACCCUUUGGGCUGCAACAGAGGGAGUUGAGACUGCCAAGGCCGAGGGGCGAGCCGAGGGUCAGGCCGAGGGCGAGCCGAGGGUCAGGCUGAGGGCUGAGCCGAGGGUCAGGACGAGGCCAAAAGGGUUGCAAGGGAAGCUGCCUAGGCUGCCGCCGAGGCCGCUGAGAGGGCCAAGAUGGAGAAGGCGGACAAGGCUGCGAAAGCUGUCGUUGAGGCCUUUAUUGCUGAGGGCUGGAAGGCAGAGGAGCACAAGAAGUGACUGUCCUCGGUGGUGGAGGCUUCUGUGGAUGCUUGGGUUGGAGGCCCCGGCAAAAUGUGGCUUGCUGAGAGGGGUGACUCCUAUUAUGAAGGUGGAGAGUUUUUUACCCAGCGCCUCAUCUACCGUAAGCUUGCCAGGCACUUCAACAUUUCGCAGGAGGAGUUCCAGCCUGAAGCUUAUGGCCUUCCCCCUCGGCAACCAGAUGUCCGGGUUCCCCUCCCCGAAGGUGAAGAAAGACAUGUGCUCGAGGACUCGGAGACAAUGAGGGAGUGCGGCCUCAGUGGCGAUGAUGAAGCCAAAGGUGAUGCUACUUCCAAGGCCGAUGAGCGAGAUUGUACUUAAACAAUUCUCGAACCAUGUUAUGUAUAAACACUUUGUACGUUUUGGGUGAUGUAACAAUCUCUUAUGAAUAUUUCUUCUGUGAUGAAUGUAUGCAAUCCUUCGGGCAUUUGAUGUUUGAAUUUUAUUCCUUUC